GCAUGUCGAAAUCCUUGAUCGGUAACAAGACCGAGUAGUGGUGGCAAAUCGGUUCCCUCACAAGUAUGCCACACCACCGCCAAAACACGGAGCAGCCUCAAUUCAUCUGGGCAUGGACUCUACAAGGUGGCAAAACCGUUCCACAGGGAUGCUGGGCCAUGUUGACUCCAAUGCUUACCACAGUUGUGUCAAGUUGGAUGGAUGUCCUUUAGGUGGUGGACCCUUCUUGAUACACACAGGAAACUGCUGAGCGUGAAAAACCACGCAGCGGUGCAGUUCUUGACACAAACCGGUGCGCCUGGCACCUACUACCAUACCCUGUUCAAAGGCACUUAAAUAUUUUGUCUUGCCCAUUCACCCUCUGAAUUGCACACAUAUACAAUCCAUGUCUUAAUUGGCUUAAAAAUCUGUCUAAAAUUCUAAGGGGGGGUUCUACUAAACUGACAUAUGGAAUUGUUUUAAGAUAUUUAUACCAUGGAUCAUUUAGAUAUUUGAUUUUGAAUGUUAGCACCUCUGUAUGUAUUUUUUUUAAAUAUACAAAAAUUACUUGAUAAAAAAUUGCAUUUGGCCCAUAGAAAUGCAUUGAAUAAUACAUUCCUAAAUAGCAAAAAUAUAUUUAUACAGUUGAAGUUGGAAGUUUACAUACACCUUAGCCAAAUACAUUUAAACUUAGUUUUUCACAAUUCCUGACAUUUAAUCCAAGUAAAAAUUCCCUGUCUUAGGUCAGUGAGUAUCACCACUUUAUUUUAAGAAUGUGAAAUGUCAGAAUAAUAGUACAGAGAAUUAUUUAUUUUAGCUUUUAUUUCUUUCAUCACAUUCCCAGUGGGUAAAAAGUUUACAUACACUCAAUUAGUAUUUGGUAGCAUUGCCUUUAAAUUGUUUACCUUGGGUCAAACGUUGCGGGUAGCCUUCCACAAGCUUCCCAAAAUAAGUUGGGUGAAUUUUGGCCCAUUCCUCCUGAAAGAGCUGGUGUAACUGAGUCAGGUUUCUAGGCCUCCUUGCUCGCACACGCUUUUUCAGUUCUGCCCACAAUUUUUCUAUGGGAUUGAGGUCAGGGCUUUGUGAAGUACACUCCAAUACCUUGACUUUUUGAACCUUAAGCCAUUUUGCCACAACUUUGGAAGUAUGCUUGGGGUCAUUGUCCAUUUGGAAGAUCCAUUUGCGACCAAGCUUUAACUUCCUGACUGAUGUCUUGUGAUGUUGCUUCAAUAUAUACAAAUCAUUUUACAUCCUCAUGAUGUUAUCUAUUUUGUGAAGUGCACCAGACCCUCCUACAGAAAAGCACCCCCACAACAUGAUGCUGCCACCCCCGUCAUUCACGGUUGGGAUGGUGUUCUUCGGCUUGCAAGCAUCCCCCUUUUUCCUCCAAACAUAACAAUGAUCAUUAUGGCCAAACAGUUCUAUUUUUGUUUCAUCAGACCAGAGGACAUUUCUCCAAAAAGUACGAUCUUUAUCCGCAUGUGCAGUUGCAAACCGUAGUCUGGCUUUUUUAUGGCGGUGUCACGGCCAUUGGAAAAAGAGGACCAAGGUGCAGCGUGGUGAGCGUACAUACUUUUAAUAGUAGAUGUCGCCAACAAAACAAUAAACAAUACCAAAACAAACAGUGAAGCUUAAGGCAAUGUGCCAUAAAACAAAGUUAACUUCCCACAAAGACAGGUGGGAAAAAAGGCUACCUAAGUAUGGUUCCCAAUCAGAGACAACGAUAGACAGCUGUCCCUGAUUGAGAACCAUACCCGGCCAAAACAUAGAAAUAGAAAAUCAUAGAAACACAAAACAUAGAAUGCCCACCCCAACUCACGCCCUGACCAAACCAAAAUAGAGACAUAAAAAAGAUCUCUAAGGUCAGGGCGUGACAGGCGGUUUUGGAGCAGUGGCUUCUUCCUUACUGAGAGGCCUUUCAGGUUAUGUUGAUAUAGGACUUGUUUUACUGUGGAUAUAGAUUAUUUUGUACCUGUUUCCUCCAGCAUCUUCACAAGGUUCUUUGCUGUUGUUCUGGGAUUGAUUUGCACUUUUCACACCAAAGCACGUUCCAUUCUAGGAGACAGAAUGCGCAUACUUAUUGAGAGGUAUGAUGACUGUGUGGUCCCAUGGUGUUUAUACUUGCGUUCUAUUGUUUGUACAGAUGAACGUGGUACCUUCAGGCGUUUGGAAAUUGCUCCCAAGGAUGAACCAGACUUGUGGAGGUCUACAAUUUUUUCCUGAGGUAUUUGGCUGAUUUCUUUUUAUUUUCCCAUGAUGUCAAGAAAAGAGUUUGACGGUAGGCAUGAAAUACAUCCACAGGUACACCUCCAAUUGACACAAAUUGUCACAUCUGCUCCCACUACGCCCUCUGGUGUCCAUCCGGUGUCGUCCUAACCUGCAGUUCUCCCCCUGUAUACACUCUCUCUCUCUCUUGGUGUGAUUGUGUGGUUGGAGACAGGUGUGCUGGAGUCAGAGCAGAUCGCUACCAGCUGCAAAUUGUCCCAUAAAUCAAGACCUCUACAUAUACUCAUUCCUGCCACCUACACUCUGCCAGAUCGUAAUCUCUGCUCAUAGCGCUCUGUCUCUGGCUCCUGUCUCCUGUACCACGUCUCACCACCAACCACCUUGCUCUAGACUUCACUCACCACCACCUUGGAUUCCCCUCAGGACUUGUUUACCCUGUUCAACUCAGUCAACUACAACCUCACUCUACACUUCGGGUUUUUCUGCAACUCAUCUGAGCUACCCCGGUUCUGCACUCCAUAUCUCUCUGUGUACAAUAAACAUUUUGGUUCAUUCAUCCCUGCUUCUGCAUCUGAGUCCGUUCUUGGCUUCCCCUGUGUUCGCUCCGCAUAACAGUACGAUCUGGCCAUAAGAUGAACCCAGCCGACUCCAACUCCUCACCAAAUUUUUGUUGGUCAAGGCAGCCUUCUGGACCAACAUGACCAAGCCCUGAAAACCCUGCUGGAGAACAUCAAGGAGUUUUCACGGAGCCUGUCUGACCUACAGGUCCGAACCUCCGUCCAGAAUUCACAACCUGUCUCCAGUUCCUCUUCUCCACUCCGGGAGCAUUUUGUUCUGACUCCUGAGCACUAUGAUGGCAAUCUUGGGCUUUGCAGAGCCUUUCUUGUACAAUUUUCACUAGUGUUUGAGGAACAGCCCUACUCUUAUGCUAGUGAACGCGGCAAAAUUAAUUUUUUGAUUGGCUGCCUUCGGGGAGCAGCGCUCUCCUGGGCCACUGCGGUUUGAGAGAGACAGUCAUCUAUCUGCUUCUCUUACAGUGGAUUCACAGAUGAGAUGAGGAAGGUCUUCAACCACCCGGUCUGUGGAAAGGAUGCUGCUAAACGAUUUCUGUCCCUUCGUCAAGGUUCUCAGUGUGGCUGAGAUGACAUGUGAGUUCCGCACCCUCGCCGUAGAGAGCGGCUAGAAUGACGAGGCCCUUCAGGGAGCGUUCCGGAACGCACUCACUGAGACCCUCAAGGACUAGUUUUUAUCCAGAGAGGAGCCUGAGGGACUUGACAAACUAAUUUCUCUCACUAUCCGCAUUGACAACCGUCUCUGUGAGCGUCGGAGGGAGAGGGGAGGUAGGGUUGCAUGUCCCAUAAUGUUUGCUUCUGUGCCUUGCUCAAUUUUUUCGACUGCAUCACAUCACCAUGCAGGUUCCAAUCCUGAACCCAUGCAGCUCGGCCGGACUCGUCUAUCUCCAGAGGAGAGGCAGAGGCAUAUCAGUACUAGGAGCUGUCUGUAUUGUGGCCACGUUGGUCACCUGGUCUCCACUUGUACCCUGUGUCCAGCAAAAGAGAGGGCUCAGCGGUAGUGGGGGAUAUACUGUUGAGCCAAAUCACCUGCCCAUCAUCUCCCAGACCCCUGCUUGAGGCCAACCUUCUGUGGCAGAGCCAGGUUUUUCCUCUGCCUGCUCUCAUUGAUUCAGACGCAGACGAGAGUUUUCUGGACCGAGGGGUUGUUAAGCAGUUGGGCCUGGACACUGUUUUGCUUGAUUCACCUCUGGAAGCCAACGCUCUCAAUGGAAGCUAUUCUUCCGUGUUUUGGAGAGAACUGUUCCUGUUAUCCUGCGUCUCUCUGGUAAUCACCAGGAAAAGAUCAGUUUCCAUAUCAUCGACUGUUCUCACUCACCUCUGGUUCUGGGCCAUCCAUGGUUAAAGCUACACAACCCAUAGAUUGACUGAUCUACCGGAAGGGUUACUACAUUUUGCCAUUCUAAUUGUCUACAUUCUGCCCUUCCUCCUGCCUUGUCUGCACCCCAGUCCAUUCCAGAACCCCCAGACCUGUCUUCUGUUCCUCCAGAAUAUCACGGUCUAGCUCCUGUAUUCAGCAAGCACCACACCCCAUCUCUGCCGCCUCAUCGGCCUUACGACUGUGCUAUCGAGCUUCAGCCUGGAGCUCCUCUCCCUAGUAGCAGGAUGUAUAACCUCUCUCGCCCCGAGCAAGAGGCCAUGGAAGAAUACAUCCAGGACUCACUGGCUGUCGGACAUGUCAGGCCUUUUUCCUCUCCGGUGGGAGAUGGAUUUUUCUUUGUCAAGAAGGACGGGUCACUGAGGCCAUGCCUAGACUUCUGUGGGUUGAAUAGUAUCACCGUCAGGAAUAAGUAUCCCUUGCCACUUAUCAGUUCUGCUUUUGCCCCCCUCCAUGGUGCCACAGUAUUUACUAAACUGGACCUUCAGAAUGCCUACCACCUUGUCCGCAUCAGAGAGGGAGACGAGUGUGAAAAUGGCGUUCAACACACCACUUGGACAUUUUGAGUACCUCGUUAUGCCUUUUGCCCUCACUAACACCCCGGCUGUUUUUCAGGGCCUGGUGAAUGAUGUUCUGAGGGAUGUCAUUGGGCGUUUUGUUUUUGUCUAUGUGGAUGACAUUCUUAUUUUUUCGAAGGACAUUGAGGCUCACAAGCAACACGUCCACCAAGUUCUCCAAAGGCUAUUGGAGAAUAAGCUAUUUGUCAAGGCUGAGAAAUGUGAGUUUCAUGUUUCCUCUGUGUCCUUCUUGGGUUACAUUAUUGCUCAAGGACGGCUACGAAGGGACCCUGCCAAGGUUAGGGCAGUCGGAGUGGCCUGUGCCCGGGAAUCUGAAGCAGCUACAGCGUUUUCUGGGGUUUGCUCAUUUUUAUAGACGAUUCAUCCGUGACUACAGUCGUUUGGCAGCUCCUCUCACCUCAACCUCCACUCCAUUCCACUGGUUCCCCGAGGCAGAGGCAGCAUUCCGGGAACUCAAGCACCGCUUCACUUCUGCUCCUAUCCUUACCCAUCCAGACCCAGAACUCCAGUUCGUCCUCGAGGUGGACGCUUCCGACACCAGGGUAGGUGCAGUCCUGUCUCAACGUUCUGCCCCGGAUCAGAAGCUCCAUCCUUGUGCCUUGUCCCGCAAGCUCUCACCUGCAGAGAGAAAUGUUGACGUAGGCAACCGGGAACUCUUAGCUGUUAAGAUGGAUCUUAAGGAGUGGCGUCACUAGUUAGAAGGUUCAGUACUUCCCUUCAUUGUGUGGACGGAUCAUAAAAAUCUAGCCUACAUCCAGACCGCCAAACGUCUCAACUCUGGUCUGCUUCAUCCUCUUCCCAUACCUAGUCGCCCCUGGUCACACAUAGCUUUGGGCUUCGUCGCUGGGCUUCCUACAUCAAAUGGUAACUCAGACAUCCGCACUAUUAUUGACCGAUUUUCUAAAGUGGCUCACUUCAUUCCCCUCUCCAAGCUUCCGUCCUCCAGGGAGACUGCGGACCUGUUGGUAUCCCAUGUUUUGCAGCUGUAUGGAAUCUCCAGUGACAUUGUUUCUGACAGAGGACCCCAGUUCACAUCCCAGGUAUGGAGAGCCUUCUGCACAGCUCUGGGUAUUAACCUCUCUAGGGUAUGUGGGACGGUAGCGUCUCACCUCGUCAACAGCCAGUGAAACUGCAGGGUGCCAAAUUCAAAACGACAGAAAUCCCAUAAUUCAAAUUCCUCAAACAUACAUGUAUUUUACACCAUUUUAAAGAUACACUUGUUGUAAAUCCAGCCACAGUGUCCGAUUUCAAAAAGGCUUUACGAUGAAAGCCAACCAAACGAUUAUGUUAGGUGAGUGCCUAUUCACAGAAUAACACAGCCAUUUCUCCAGCCAAAGAGAGGAUUCACAAAAAGCAGAAAUUUGAUAAAAUGAAUCACUAACCUUUGAUCUUCAUCAGAUGACACUCAUAGGACUUCAUGUUACACAAUACAUGUAUGUUUUGUUCGGUAAAGUUCAUAUUUAUAUCCAAAAAUCAGAGUUUAUAUUGGCGCGUUACGUUCAGUAGUUCCAAAACAUCCGGGGAUUUUGCAGAGAGCCACAUCAAUUUACAGAAAUACUCAUUAUAAAUGUUGAUGAAAAUACAAGUGUUAUGCAUGGAAUUUUAGAUGCACUUCUCCUUAAUGCAACCGCUGUGUCAGAUUUAAAAAAAGCUUUACGGAAAAAGCAAACCAUGCAAUAAUCUGAGGUCGGCGCUCAGAGCCCAAUCAAGACAAAAAUAUAUCCGCCAUAUUGUGCAGUCAACAGAAGUCAGAAAUAACAUUAUGAACAUUCAAUUACCUUUGAUGAUCUUCAUCAGAAUGCACUCCCAGGAAUCCCAGUUCCACAAUAAAUGUUUUGUUCGAUAAUGUCCAUCAUUUAUGUCCAAAUUCCUCCUUGUUGUUCUAGCGUUCAGUACACUUUCCAAACUCACGCCGGAAGUACGGACGAUAAGUUAAAAAAGUUAUAUUACAGUCCGUAAAAACAUGACAAACGAAGUAUUGAAUCAAUCUUUAGGAUGUUUUUAACAUAAAUCUUCAAUAAUGUUCCAACCGGAGAAUUCCUUUGUCUUCAAAAGUGCGAUGGAACAGAGCUCGCUCUCACAUGAACGCGCAUGGUCAGCGCAUGUUCAGGUCAUGGUAGACCUUACUCAUUCCCCUCCACAGCUCUGGGUAUUAAGGUCAGCCUUUCAUCUGGAUAUCACCCCCAGACCAACGGUCAGACCGUGCGGGCCAACCAGGAGUUGGAAACUGCUAUACGCUGUGUUACUUCAGCUCAGCCUUCCUCCUGGAGUGCCCAGCUAUCCUGGGUGAAAUAUUCCCACAACACCCUCAUCAACACCUCACCAGGUAUGUCUCCCUUUGAGUGUGCUCUGGGUUACCAACCUCCCUUGUUCCCUGCCCAAGAGGUUGAAGUAGCGGUGCCCUCAGUCCAGGACCACAUGCGCCAUUGUCGUCGCACCUGGAGGAGGGCCCGGGCUGCUGUUCUUCGUGCCUCCGCCAGGACCCAAUCCAAGGCUAACCAUCGUCGUGCUGCAGCUACAGUCUACACUUCAGGCCAAAGGGUAUGGCUUUCUUCGAAGGACUGGCCUCUAAAUGUUGUUUCAAAAAAACUAGCUCCCCGAUUCAUUGGCCCCUUUGAGAUUGAUCAUGUCAUAAACCUCUCUGCUGUUCAUCUAAAACUCCCUGACUCUCUCAAAAUUCACCCCACCUUCCAUGUAUCACUAAUCAAACCAGUCUACUCCAGUCCUUUGUCCCCUCCUGCAGCUGAUCCGCCACUCCCUCGUCUUAUCGACGACCAUCCUGCCUAUACGGUCCAACGGCUUUUGAAUGUGCGCCAUCGGGGCUACGGGUGGCAGUAUCUGGUGGACUGGGAAGGAUACGGGCCUGAGGAGCGUAGCUGGGUGCCCUGUCGUCACAUUCUGGAUCCCUCCCUCUUACAGGAUUUUUACACCUCACACCCAAACAAGCCGGGUCGUGCGCCAGGUGGCAUCUGUAGAGGGGGGGUAUUGUCACAUCUGCUCCCACUACGCCCUCUGGUGUCCAUCCGGUGUCGUCCUAGCCUGCAGUUCUCUCUCGCGGUGUGGUUGUUUACCCUGUUCAACUCAGUCAACUACAACCUCACUCUACACUUCGGGUUUUUCUGCAACUCAUCUGAGCUACCCCGGUUCUGCACUCCAUAUCUCUCUGUGUACAAUAAACAUUUUGGUUCAUUCAUCCCUGCUUCUGCAUCUGAGUCCGCUCUUGGCUUCCCCUGUGUUCGCUCCGUGCAACACCAAUUAUGUCAUUUAGCCUAAACUUCUGACCCAUUGGAAUUGUGAGUGAAAUAAUUUGUCUGUAAACAAUUGUUGGAAAAAUGCACAAAGUAGAUGUCCUAACCAACAUGUCAAAACUAUAGUUUGUUAACAAGAAAUUUGUGGAGUGGUUGAAAAACGUGUUUUUUUUGGGGGGGGGGGGGUUCAAUUUAAAGUUUUAUUAAGUUUUCAAACAACCAACCAAACACAUUCCACAUUCACAGAUGU